AUGGGGCAGUCAUCUUCAAUCCCCGAGACUCCACCGCAGCGAGAAGCCUCCCCCAGCCGGCGAUUCAGCUUCAAGCAGCUACCGGUAAUGUCAACGCCGGACCAAAACGACGACGAAUCUGACCGUUCUGACACCGUCGACGGCCGCGACUACACUUUGGAUCUCCCCGACGAGUGCUUGGGGAUCAUUUUCCAUUGCCUCGGCUCCGGCGACCGGAAAAGAAGCUCCCUCGUCUGCCAGCGCUGGCUCCGCGUCGACGGCGAGCACCGCCACCGUCUCUCCCUGAGCGCGCAGGCCGGAAUCUUGCCGUUCAUUCCUUGCAUAUUCGCUCGGUUCGAUUCGGUGACGAAGCUCGCGCUCCGAUGUGACCGGAAAUCGAUCAGCAUCGACGACGAUUCUCUGGUCUUGAUCUCCGUCCGGUGCAGGAACCUCACGCGCCUCAAGCUCCGCGGCUGCCGGGAGAUCACCGACCUCGGAAUGGCGGCGUUUGCUCAGAAUUCCAAAGGAUUGAAGAAGCUCUCCGUCGGCUCGUGCAUGUUCGGCGCUAAGGCCAUGAACGCCGUGCUGGAGCACUGCACGGCGCUGGAGGAGCUGUCGGUGAAGCGGCUCCGGGGGAUCCACGACGCGUCGGAGAAGAUCGGAGCUGGCAAAACGCCGACGACGCUGAAAUCGAUCUGCCUGAAGGAGAUACUGAACGGUCAGUGCUUUGGACCGUUGAUUGUAAGCUCGAAAAAUCUCAAGACUUUGAAAUUGUUUAGAUGUUUGGGAGAUUGGGAUAGAGUUUUGGAAAUGCUUGGAAAUGGAAACAGGGGAUUGACUGAAAUUCACCUGGAGAGGAUUCAAGUGACCGAUUUGGGGCUUUCGGCCAUUGCGAAAUGCUCGAAUUUGGAGAUUUUGCAUAUUGUUAAGGCCCCCGAGUGUUCGAAUUUCGGGCUUAUUUGUGUUGCUGAGAAUUGUAAGUUGCUUAGGAAGCUUCACAUUGAUGGAUGGAGGACUAAUAGAAUCGGGGAUGAGGGUUUGAUUGCUGUAGCUAGGGAUUGCCCCGAAAUUCAAGAGCUUGUGUUGAUUGGUGUAAAUCCGACUUCAUUAAGCUUGGCUGCAAUUGCUUCAAAUUGCAAGAAAUUGGAGAGGUUGGCGCUUUGCGGCAGUGGAACAAUUGGAGAUGAUGAAUUCGCUUGUAUUGCCGCCAAAUGUGUAGCAUUGAAGAAGCUGUGUAUUAAGGGGUGCCCGAUUUCGAAUGUGGGACUUAAAACGCUUGCUUGGGGUUGCCCCAAUUUGGCCAAGAUUAAGGUCAAGAAGUGCAAAGGAGUGAGUGGUGAGGUUGCAGAAUGGUUGCGAGAAAGGAGAGGAUCACUGACUGUUAAUUGGGAUUCUGGAGAAAUUGUACCUUUGGAUGCUGCGGCUGGUUUGAGUGGAGGUGUAGAAAGCUCCAUGGAGUUUCCGCUUGAUCAUGUAGCUGUUACCAUUGCUCCAUCAAGUAGCAAUAAUCCAUUGGCAUUGUUUAGGACAAAGUUUGGGUUCUUUUCAGGUAGGAGUUUUGUUCCUUGCACAUUCAGAAGGUGGUCAGUUAGUGAGAAUAGUAACAAUGGAAACUUGUAGUUGAUCUUUGUUCACGAGGGCUGAAAAGAAGUUUACCCUCGGGUCCUUAGCUCACUAGUUUACAGUUACUGAUCAAUCAAUUUUCUGUAUCUGAUUUUUUGAUUGUUAAUGUGUAUGAAUUUUUCUUGAUCCAUCCUUAUUAUGUUUGCUGGAAUAUGUUUCUCAAACUUCUGAUA